GGAGGGGGCACCAGCGUAGGCAAACUCUUAGCAUUGAACAAGCCUUGCUAAAAAUCACCGCUCUCUCCAAGGCAACAAAACAAAAUAGAAUAGGGUUGACGGCGUGCAACAAGCACAUAGCCUCCAUCGAAACAAUAAGAACUUUCCCGUGGAAUGAGCAUUCCAUGCAGCAUCCUAGGUAUGAAUGACGUGGCCUGGCAGGAGACAAGAGGUGGGAUGCUGCAUGCAAAUGGGGCUCCUGAAUCUGGGGUUGUCCAACUUCAUGCUGGAGGUCCCCUAACCACCGUUGGGGGAGCUGGGCAGGCUCCUGGAGGACCACAUUUACAGGGCAUGGACAGAAGUUCAAACCCAACCCCAGGUACGCUGCAGGCGCCGCUGAGUGGGAGGUCUCAGGACGAUGCCACAGUUGGAUACUUUUUUCAGAGGCAACCUGGAGAGCAGCUUGUAGGCUGCACACCUAAUAAACAUCGCUGGCCAACUGGAGAUUCUAAUCACGUGGAUCAGGUUCGAGCUGUGGAUGAAAUGAAUUACAACUUUCAAGCUCUUGCUUUAGAGUCCCGAGGAAUGGGAGAGCUUUUGCCAACAAAAAAGAUCUGGGAUUCUGAUGAGCUGGCAAAGGAUGGAAGGAAAGGGAUGCUUCUUGGAGAGGAGUGGCGGGACAACGCGUGGGGAUCAUCCCAUCAUUCGGUGUCUCAGCCAAUCAUGGUGCAGCGGCGACCAGGCCAGAGUUUCCAUGGGAACGGGGAUGCCAAUUCUGUGCUUUCACCCCGCUCAGAGGGUGGAGGCCUUGGAGUGAGCAUGGUGGAGUAUGUCUUGAGCUCUUCUCCUGGGGACAAGAUGGAUGGACGCUACAGAAACGGGGGCUUUGGUGGAGGCGAUCCCGACCAAGAUGGGAGAGAGAAGAUCGACGUACAAGAGAAGGUGUCGCCUUUUGAAGAAGACAAAAACCCAGAGAUGAAGGUUGGAGAGGACGGUGAUCCGGCUAAGGCUAAUGGAAGAGGUCUGCUGAAUGGCAUGGACAGAGACUGCAAAGACUUCAAUCCGACUCCUGGAAGCCGGCAAGCUUCCCCCACCGAGGCCAUUGAGAGGAUGGGUCCCAGUCAGACCGGUUUGGAGAUGAUGGGACAGCACCACCCUCAUGUUCUCCAGCAACAGAAUCCUGUCCAAAAUAAAGUCUCGACUGAGGACUUCCAGAGCCAGGAAGCCCAGAACAUGAGUGGUAUGGAGCAGCAGGCCGGCGUGGAGUCGUUACAGUUCGACUAUGCUGGGAACCAGAUCCAGGUGGACUCUUCAGGAACUCCUGUGGGCUUGUUUGAUUACAAUUCUCAGCAGCAGUUGUUCCAGAGGCCUAAUCAGCUGACUGUUCAGCAGCUUACCGCAGCUCAGCAACAACAAUACGCUCUGGCUGCUGCUCAGCAGCAGCAUCUUGCUGGACUUGCUCCUGCUUUUGUGCCAAACCCUUACAUCAUUAAUGCGCCCCCUGGAGCGGACCCCUACACUGCUGCUGGGCUGGCAGCAGCAGCCACGCUUGCAGGCCCCACCGUUGUUCCACCACAAUACUAUGGCGUUCCCUGGGGCGUGUAUCCAGCCAACCUUUUCCAGCAACAAGCUGCAUCAACUGCCAAUCACUCAGCUAAUCAGCAGGCAUCCAAUCAGGGACCAGGACCAGGCCAACCGCAGGUGAUGCGCACAGGAACAAACCAGCGACCUCUUACACCGAGCCAAGGACAACAAAGUCAGCAGGAAUCUUUAGCUGCUGCAGCUGCUGCAAACCCUGCUCUGGCUUAUGCAGGGAUGCCUGGUUAUCAGGUGUUGGCCCCUGCUGCCUAUUACGACCAAACUGGAGCCUUAGUGAUGGGCCCAGGAGCCCGAACUGGUCUAGGUGGGCAUGUUCGCCUAGUCCAGACCCCUCUCCUUAUCAACCCUGCAGCAGCAGCGGCACAAGCUGCAGCAGCCGUGUCUGCAUCUGGAUCUGGUAACAACAUGCCUGGACCCCCGGCCAAUGGGCUGUACCGCUCCAUGCCUCAACCUCAGCCGCAGCAGCAGCAAGCUCCCCCACCCAGCAGCGGCCUGCCCUCCAGUUCUUUCUACGGGUCCGGAUCAGUCCCCAACACCUCCCAGAGUAGCUCCCUUUUCUCACACAACUCUGCUCCACCACCGAGCUCCUCCCUGGGCUUCAGCAGCACAGGCAGCUCUCUCGGGGUGGGCUUGGGCUCUGCUCUAGGAGCCUUCGGCUCUUCAGUUUCCAGCUCUAACAGUAGCAGCGUAUCUCGCAGGGACUCCCUGUUGGCGAGCUCUGAUUUAUACAAGCGGGGCGGCAGUAGUCUAACCCCCAUCGGCCAGCCCUUCUACAACAGCCUGGGUUACUCCUCUUCACCCAGUCCUAUUGGCCUCACCCCAGGUCACUCCCCACUCACCCCUCCACCUUCUCUGCCCUCCUCCCACGGCUCCUCUUCCAGCCUUCACCUAGGUGGCUUGACUAACGGCAGUGGGCGUUACAUUUCUGCCGCUCCCGGAGCUGAGGCCAAAUACCGCAGCACCGGCGGCACAUCCAGCCUGUUCAAUUCCAGCAGCCAGCUGUUCCCGCCCUCCCGGCCCCGCUACAGCCGCUCUGACGUCAUGCCUUCUGGGCGCAGCCGCCUGCUGGAAGAUUUUAGGAACAACCGCUUCCCAAACCUGCAGCUCCGUGACCUGCCAGGACACAUGGUGGAGUUUUCCCAAGACCAGCACGGAUCCAGAUUCAUUCAGCAGAAGCUUGAGAGAGCCACUCCCGCUGAGAGGCAGAUGGUGUUCGGAGAGAUUCUCCAAGCAGCGUAUCAACUGAUGACUGAUGUGUUUGGGAAUUACGUCAUCCAGAAGUUCUUUGAGUUUGGAAGUGCUGACCAGAAGCUUGCUUUGGCAACUCGCAUCCGUGGGCACGUCCUCCCUCUGGCUUUGCAGAUGUACGGCUGCAGGGUCAUUCAGAAAGCCUUGGAGUCAAUUUCCUCAGACCAGCAGGUAAUUAGUGACAUUGUACGUGAGCUGGACGGACACGUGUUGAAAUGUGUGAAGGACCAGAACGGGAACCAUGUGGUGCAGAAGUGCAUCGAAUGUGUCCAGCCUCAGGCCCUGCAGUUUAUUAUCGAUGCCUUCCAGGGACAGGUGUUUGUGCUUUCCACACACCCCUACGGCUGCAGAGUUAUCCAAAGGAUUUUGGAGCACUGCACUCAGGAGCAAACCCUUCCCAUCCUGGAAGAGCUGCAUCAGCACUCUGACCAACUGGGCCAGAAAUAUCAAGGCGUUUCAUUGGAGAUGACACCCAAAACAUAUUAUACAGUGUCCCGUGAUGCACUGUUCAAGGAUCAGUAUGGUAACUACGUCAUUCAGCAUGUCUUGGAGCAUGGCAGACCAGAAGACAAGAGCAAGAUUGUGGCUGAGGUCCGUGGAAAGGUUCUCGUCCUGAGCCAACAUAAGUUUGCUAGUAACGUGGUGGAGAAGUGUGUGAUCCACUCCUCGCGUGCAGAGAGAGCGCUGCUGAUAGACGAGGUGUGCUGCCAGAAGGACGGGCCCCACAGCGCCCUGUACACCAUGAUGAAGGACCAGUACGCCAACUAUGUUGUCCAAAGAAUGAUCGACAUGGCAGAACCUGCGCAGCGGAAGAUCAUCAUGCACAAGAUCCGGCCUCACAUUGCCACUCUGCGUAAGUACACGUAUGGGAAGCACAUUCUGGCCAAGCUGGAGAAGUACUACAUGAAGAGCGGCUCUGAGCUGGGCCCCAUCGGUGGCCCCGCUAACGGACUCAUGUAAGCGUGUCCACCCGCUGGUCCCCGCAGGAGUGGGAGGAGCUGGAACGCCAAACCCUCUGUUCUGUGAGCGAUUGCUCCUUUAGCCAUAGGGCCUUGCCUUUGACACACUCUUGUCGACCCUUUUUUUUUAUAAAGGGGGUGAGCUACCAAAAAAAAAGACAAGUCAAUUUCACCUAAGAAUGCUGUGACACCUGACCCCUGCCACUGUGCGGCCCCUGGCGCCGGAGCCCGGCGUGUGCUCCGGGGGCAACACAGUCAGCGGGCUCUUCCUGUUUCUCUUGUUUAUUCCUGGGUAAAGCACAAACCCGUUGUUGAUUAUGUAAUUGAUGUAUUUGACUAGUUUUCAUAGUAUCUUGUACAUUUGAUUUUUUUUUUUUACCUUGUAAAUUCUGUGAAGAUAAAAAAAAAUAAUUAUUACAACAUUUGCUGACAUUUACAAUUCUUACAAUUUAACACCAGCAAGUGACUUUAUAAAUCAGAACGGAGCGAUCCUUUUUAAAACCAGGAUUCCACGGUUUUUCUUACCUGACUUAUUGUGUCGGCUGUCCUAAUGAAGUCCAGGUAAUUAAAUUUUAUAUUUGUAUAGUAUCCCAUGCCAAAGCAGCUAAUGGAGAUGUUUUCAAUAGCACUACAGAUGACGGAUGGGUUCAUUAACUCGUCUGUCUACAGGUGAGCAGUGCCACAAUCACUCUGCCGUCCAGAGGAAGUUUUUUUUUUUUUUUUUUUUACCAGCUCGGCGUAGGAGUUCGGCGCUUGAUUUGUGGGUAACCUUCCAGUUACGGCUUCUUCUUGCCUGCUGUUGGGGGGCGUUUACUCCAGCAGCUCGCCGUUCUGGCUGCGAGCCGCUGCGUUCGUCGGGCCGUUCUUUCCCUCAUCCGCGUGAUCGUUCUGGGUUUACAAAAAUAAAUAAAGCUAUGAUUACGUUGAAGCAGAGCAUGAGGUUUGGUUGUACAGCGGGUGUUUAUUCUUAACGGGGGGUGCAUCGGCAUGCUGUGGCAAGUUUUAAUUGUUGGAAUAUUUUUUUUAACCAUGUUUUGUGUAACAUCUUUGUAGUUUGAGAUGAACACUGCCCUAGAAAAUGUAUAUCUUUAUGUACUUAAUACUCAUCUCUUGCAUAGAAGUAGUUUAGCAAUGUAAAGCAUCUUUUAUGUGCGAGUAACAAGUAUUGCUUUUGAGGGGUUUUUUUUUUUUUGGGUGGGGGUUGCAGUGGCAGCAGUGAGGGGUGGUCGCCCACCGCCUGGAGGUCAGAGGAAACAGAAAGUUGAGUUAAUCGGAGGUGAAAUGAGCUAGGAAGUAGUGAAUGAUUUGAAGAAAGGGAAAUUUAAAAACCUUUUUUUUGAUGGUUCCACUUUUUUGUUUUAUAUUUAUAUAUAUAUAUAUACACAUAUAUAUAAAAUAUAAAUAUAAAAUUUAGUUUUUCCGUUUUAGUUGUGCAGCGGCGGGGGCUGGUGGGGCCAUCAAAAGUUCACCGGUAACGCUCGUAGUGACGGCUUUUUUGCUUUCUAUGAAUUGUAGAUGACAUGUAGUAUAUGUGCAGUUAAUAAGUGUAAGAUUAGCGGAGUUGAAAAUAUGUCUAGUUGUGGUGUUUGACAGGCCUUGCUCUAAAUUUGUAGUGAUUCUUUUAUUUCGUCUGUACAGAUGUACAUUUGUAAACGUUGAUGCUGUAAAUGGGACGUCUUUUACACUUUUUUCGGGGAGAAAAAGGCAAAAAUUGUGCAUUUAGUUGUGUGUAUAUUCAUCACUCCUUUUCCCUUGAAUAUAAUGUAUACAGUUUUAUUUGAUCGAGUGUUAUUUUAAAGAAAAAAAAAGAUCUAUGGCUUCACAAUCUGACAUGUUUAUUAUUUUUUUGUUAGUUUUUAAUCUGCUAUGAAAAGGCCAGCCUCUAUUUGUCCUGAAGCUGUAACAGCCACUGUUGAUGGUCUCUCUGAUGUGUGAGCGUUUAGAAACGCAGAAAACGACUAAAACCGAGGCUGUGUCUAGUCCUCUCUGCUACCGUGGAAACUUCACAAGAUAUGACAAGAAUUAUUUUUGUACAGAAGAGUGCUGCGUUUUGGAACAGCUACUACCUUGUAAGCAAAAGCAUUGUAAAAUAUUGUCAAUUAUAUAAAUAUGAACAUAUGAGUUUUGUCACACUGUCAAAGUCAUGUACAUUUUCAGGUGGCCUUAUGUACAUUUCCAGAUGUUAGAUGAAGAAAGCAAACUCAAGUUUUUUUGGAAGCAGAAUUGUGACUAUGUAUGAUUAAACUGUUCUAACAUUUCA